AUGGGUAUAUCUGGCUACGAAGCCUUUGUCAUGGUUAGCAUCUCGCCUCUCCUUCUAGCCAUGCCAGGAUUCCGCUCCUUUGCUGUGCGCAACGUCAAGCUUCUUCAUCUGUUGUCUCUUUCUGGUCUGCUUGCCUACCAGGUUCAAUACCCAUCAUACCGACUCUUCUUGGUCGGUUUCUCCGUUGCAAUGGGAUGCUUGACUUGGGCUGCCAUCUUCUACGGAGAACGAAGCCAGCCUGGUCGCCUUGAAACCAGAGUGACUGCAUGGACCGUUGGCCUGCUUGCUUCGAGCUUGAUGAAAUACGCCUGCCAUACCAACAAUCCGGCUUGGCCCAUCGUUAAUGAAAAGAACGGUGGAUGGAACAAGACUGUCCUCGUACUAGCUUUAAUCGCCAUGCUUCGACCAUCUCGCAGGAACUAUGUAUCAGGAGACUACAUGACUCCUUCUAAUGGUCGCAAGGGCUCUUCGAUUCUUUCUGCUCUCGGCUUUGGUGGACUUAUCUUUGCUAUGCACUCUCUUCUUUCUGACUCCAGCACCAUGAUCCUUUGGGUAUGGGAAGGAUUCCCCGUCCGCGGUCCGAUUGCUGUACCGCAUGGAUCACUUACCCUGCUUGCUAUGGCUGCCGGAGUUUACCUAGGAGUGACUUACCCCCGUCUGGCUGGAAGCUGGACUGCCUUUGGUCUUGGAUCAGUUGGUGCCGCUCUCUUAACCGGCAACAGCCAUUGGCUGGGAUUCUACGGCGGCCUCAUGCUUGCAGUCUAUGUCAUGGCUGUUGCUCCCAUCCUCAUCAGCUCUGGUGUAAAACAUUCACCUGCGACCGUCUUUGGGCUUGGUUUCUUUGUCUACAACUUCAUGGUCCUCUUCCAUGUCUGGAUUGUUGCCUACGCCUUCGUUCCUGGUGGACCGCUCGUACGUGAACGUACCGACUGGGUCAUGACAUCGAUGAUGCUCCUGAUAGGCGCCGGCGUGUUUUCGUCCUCUGUCUCCCAGACCACCUCUUCAGCCAAAUAUAGAAAGCCAGUUGUAAACGCUCGCAAGCAACGCACCUACUAUUUCUAUGUCCUCGGUGCUCUUCAGAUCUUCUCAUUCGCCGUUGGAUUCAUGCGAUUCCCCACCAACGACUAUACCCCCUACCACAAAGACGAGAAGGUUAUGACUGCUGGUAUUUGGACGGUGCACUUCUCUUUGGAUAACGACAUGUGGUCGUCAGAGAGACGUAUGCGUGACGCAAUUAAGGAGCUAGAGCUCGACGUCGUGGGGCUGCUCGAGUCCGACCUCCAAAGAAUUAUCAUGGGCAACCGAGAUACCACUCAAUUCCUCGCUGAAGAUCUCGGUAUGUACGUCGACUACGGCCCCGGCCCCAACAAGCAUACCUGGGGAUGUGCUCUGCUCUCGAAGUUCCCUAUCCUCAACUCCACUCAUCAUCUCCUUCCAUCGCCCGUUGGUGAACUCGCACCUGCUAUCCACGCUACCCUCGAUAUGUACGGCGAACAGGUCGAUGUUGUCGUCUUCCAUUCCGGACAGGAGGAAGACCCCGAGGACCGCAGGUUGCAGUCGGAAUAUCUGUCGAAGCUCAUGGGCUCCUCGAACCGCCCCAUGAUACUGCUCAGUUAUCUUGUCACCAAGCCGCUUGAAGGUAACUACAACACAUAUGUAAGCGAACAAAGCGGAAUGAAGGACAUUGAUCCGACCGACUGGGACCGUUGGUGUGAAUAUAUCCUAUACAAGAACAUCCGCAAGAUCGGAUAUGCUCGUGUCAGCAGAGGAACCAUCACCGACACGGAGCUACAGGUUGGUAAAUUUGCUGUCGGCCAACCAGAAGGCAAGGGAGAACGCAUCUCAGAAGAUCAAGUACCAGUCGGCAUGAGGUUCCCUGCUAUGUUCCGAGGAGAGGGAGUUCGCGGCCACAGAUAUCAUGUGUUCGACGAACCACGAUAUUACAACUAG